CUGCGCAACUUGACAGCGCAUUGUUUAGCUGUACACACCACGCAUACUUUUAUCCAGUACUUUCUGCAGAUGCUAACAUGCUCCUUGUGAUGCUAAUAUUAUCUUAGACAAGUUGUGUAGACAUGUCUUCUUCUCAGGGUUCCGCUGCUGGGGGGAUUCAGGGUCUUCUCCUAAAACUUCACGAAUCACUUUCAGACGAAGACACUCGAGCUGCAGCCUUGAAAUGUCACGAUAUUGUCGGCGACUUGGGACAAGAGUGCAUGCUAACACCAACCGAGAAUGAACUUGCUUUACAGACCUCCUUACUGUUCUCCAAGGACUUCGGGCUGCUCAGCUUCCUUCGGAAAUCUCUGGGUUCAGAUGAGCUCCGGGACACCCGAGUGGAAAUUCUGGGUUUUUUGGAGAAGUUCUUGGACAAAGUUUCACCAAAAAUUAAAGGCUGGGAGAAGACUUAUGCAGUUGACAUAAGAGACACAUGUAUGGCGGUGUAUACAAAAGAUAAAGUUGCAAAAUGCAGAACUCCAGCACUAGAACUCCUCAUUAAGGUUCUCCAAACUACCAAGGCUUCCAGUGUUGCUGCAGAAUUCAGAAUCCCUGAAAUAUUCAACAGAUAUUACAGUGAGCUUUGUCAGAAAAGCAGACUACCAGAUUCAGUUCUGGGUAAAAUCUACGAGUUGCUCGGCAUUCUGGCGGAGGUUCACCCCAGUGAGAUGGUCAACAACUCUGACAAACUGUACAAAGCGUACCUCGGAGAGCUGAAAGAGCAGAUGACCUCUUCAACGAAAGAACCUAAACUGUUUGUCGUCGCUGGAUGUUUGAGAGGAAUCACGGCUUUGAUGGUCAACUUCACUAAAACCAUGGAGGAAGAUCCAGCAACAUCUACAGAAAUUUUUCAGUACGCCCUGAAAGCGAUCAGCCCUCAGAUGGAGAUGACUCGCUACGCUGUCACUUUUGCCGGUCUGAGGUUACUUGCCAGGCAUGCAUCCCAGUUCAGCAGCUGCCUCAUGGACCAUUACAGAGCUCUGUUUGAGGUCAUGUCCAAGCUCUGCGGACACAUCAACGGCGAGAUGAAGAAGACGAGUUAUUACGCGCUUGAAGCCUUCCUCAAACAGGUUGCCAUGUUGGUGGCUGAGAACAUUGAAGAGCACAAAGGCAAACUCAAGUUCUUCAUGCAGAAGUUCUGUGGCAUCAUUAAGACCAUGGACUCCACCCACAAGGAGCUAUCCAUCGCCAUACGAGGAUAUGGAUUAUUUGCAGCUCCAUGUAAGAAGGUCUGCCCUCAGGAUGUGGACUUGAUGUACACCGAGCUGAUUCAACGCUGUAAGCAGAUGUACCUGACCGAGUCUGACGGGGAGGAUGACACCUUCUAUCAGCUGCCCAGCUUCCUGGACUCCAUAGCCAAUGUUCUCAUUCACCUGGACAAGAUUCCAGAGGUGUACACACCACUGCUGGAGCGUCUUCUUGUGGUGCAGAUCGACAGUUUCCCCCAGUACAGUGACAGGAUGCAGACCGCCUGUUGCAGGUCUAUUCUUAAAGUGCUGGUGGCCAUGGCCUCUAAAGGACCUGUACUGUGGAGUUUCAUUAGCUCUGUGGUGCACCAGGGCUUGAUUCGUGUCUGUUCCAAACCCAUCAUGCUCUCUGAGCAGAAAGACACUGGUGCAUCUGAGUCUUCACAAGUUCGAGCUGGAAAGUGGAAAGUUCCAGCAAGUCAGGAUUACCUCGUCCUGUACAAAAGCCUCCUCGACUGUGAUCAGCUUAAGGAUUCAGGAUUUCUAGAUGGAGCUUUUGAAAGCCAGAACGCCGCUCUUGGGUCUUUAAGUCGUCUUCUUUAUGAUGAACUGGUGAAAUCGAUCCUCCGCAUUGUGGAAAAACUGGACUUGUCUGUUCAGAAAAUCACACCAGGAGAAGAGGCUCCUGACGAUGCGGCCCACGCCCUGCCCUCAUCUGACCCCACAGCUCAUCUACUGCCCAAUAAGAUUAAAGACUUCACCGCCUUCAUCAACCUGGUUGACUUCUGCAGUGAGCUGCUGCUGAAUAAGCACGUGGAGUAUUUUCAGUCAUGGAUGUAUCCUUUAAGCCAUGAACUCAUCCUCCACUCCAUACGAAAUCCACUCGUCAGUGGCUUUUACAAACUGCUCUCCGUCACCAUGAGAAUUGCCAAGAGGAUCAGGUAUUACCAGGGUGUUGGUCUGAGAAGCUCUACAUCCCCCCAGAGUGACACAGUGAAAAAUGCCUGUUUUGCACUAUUCUCUAAAUUUGGAAAAGAGGUGUGUACAAGAAUGAAGCAGUACAAAGAUGAACUGCUGGCAUCCUGCUUGACGUUUGUCCUUUCGCUGCAUCCCAACAUUGUAGCCCUGGACAUCAAGGCGUACUGUCCUGCACUAGAGGCGGCUCUGAGACUGGGUCUGAGCCACGUUCCUUUGGCAAACACAGCCCUAGAUGCUCUGGAGGACUGGUCUUCCUGCAUCACUCUGGAGACCAUGCAACCCUGCUACAAGAACAUCCUCCCUCUUCUGGAUGGAUACCUGAAAACCACCUCCGAUGACAACAAAGAUGACAGCAGCUGGGAGGUGAUGUCUUCAUUGUCUUCAAGACACGACAGAGGGUACAGCCGAGUGAUGACCAGACUGUUGAAGCAGUCCAACCAGCUCACCAUGGAAGAUGCUCCUCUUGUUGCUGUGAGGCUCAGGGUGGUGAAGCUGCUUGGUCAUUUGGGGGGAAAACUGAACAGAAACCUUGUAACAGUGGUGUCAUCAGAGGAAAUGAUGAAGAAGUUUGUUGCCUGGGAUUCUGAGAAAAGGUUGAGUUUUGCAGUGCCGUUCUCUGACAUGAAGCCCAUCAUCUACCUCGACCCGUUUCUCCCUCGAAUCAGUGAACUGGCUCUGUCAACAAGCGACCGACAAACCAAAGUUGCUGCUUGUGAGCUCCUUCACAGCUUGGAGGUCUACAUGGUUGGAAAAAGCGCUCAGAUGGCAGAAGGGGAGAAUAAGUUGCCACCUUUGUACAAGCUACACAAGAGGCUGUUUCCUGUUUUACUGCGUCUGGCCUGUGAUGUGGAUCAAGUGACCAGGCAGCUGUUUGAACCACUGGUUAUGCAGCUCAUUCACUGGUUCACAAGCAACAAGAAGUUUGAGAGCCAAGACACUGUUGCGGUUCUUGAGGCUAUUUUGGAUGGCGUAGUUGACCCAAUGGAUAGCACUCUGCGAGACUUCUGCGGUCGCUGCAUUGAAGAGUUUGUCAAAUGGUCGAUCAAACAAACCACCCCCAAACAGCAGGAGAAGAGCCCGACCAACAUGAAGUCACUGUUUAAACGGAUCUACAGUUUAGCUCUGCAUCCCAGUGGCUUCAAGAGACUUGGUGCUGCCUUAGCAUUCAAUAGUAUCUACAGACUGUUCCGAGAGGAAAAUUCCUUGGUGGAGCAGUUUGUCUUUGAAGUUCUCGUCGUAUUUGUUGAAAGUCUCGCUCUUGCUCACUCAGAUGAACGAUCUCUGGGUACGUUGCAGCAGUGUGGCAGUGCAAUCGAUCAUCUGAAAAGAAUCAUCAAACACAAGGCUCCCACUCUCAAUCAGCACAAUGCAAAAAGACGCAUCCCCAGGGGCUUUCCACCAGAUGAAAAGCUUUUCCUGUCAGACGUUGUUUUAUGGCUUCUGGAGCAGUGUGGUCGACCACAGACUGAAUGCCGCCACAAAUGCAUGGAGCUCUUCUAUGAGUUUAUUCCCCUCCUUCCAGAAAAGAAGUCUCCACCUCAGUGGUUGGACAGCAUGCUGAAGGAUCGUGGCAUAGAGUUCUUGGUGUCCCGUUUUGAGGGUGGAGGUCUCCUUUCCCAGCCUACUCUCAGGGAGCUGAGUGGGCCUUUCAGUGUGAGAGCCACCCUGCAGUGGAUGGACCUCCUGCUGGCUGCCCUCGACUGCUACAACACCUUCAUUAACUUGCAUAUAGUCAAGCCUCAUCACAUGCUCACCUCCAAGGACAAGUCAAGCUUUCUGAAAGCCAUCGGAUUUUUUCUGACCGAGCUGGCGACUCAUGAACUGGCAGCAGCUGAGAGUUGUUUCCCACUCGGAGACAAAACCUCCCACUUCAGCCCCAGAGAGGUGGACCAGUACAACUACAGCAAAUGCACAAUCAUCGUCCGCUUGUUAGAGUUCACCACCAUGAUCCUCGUCAAAGGAGACCAGGAAUUUCAGAAGCUUCUGGAACCAGAUGUUCUCGGAUCGGUCUUUUUUGAGCUGACAGCGUUGGUGGUGUGUAAACCGUCUGCAGUAGGUUUUAACAUGGCGGAUGUGGAGGUCAUGAAGAAUCUACCAGAAGUGUGUGUGCCUCUGCUGAAGGCCCUGCUUGCCUCGCCUUAUCGGAGUCGUCUUGAAGGAAGCUUGAGGACAAAAAUCUCACUUAAAAGUGUGGAGGACUUGUGUGCUGUUGACUUCUACCAUUCAAGCACACUGAAGCACCACGAUCAGAUGGAAAUGGUUCUGUCGUCCUGUAGACAAAUCCACAAAGCUGGGUUUCUCGAUUCUGUUCUACACAGCCAGGAUGCGUUCUAUGCCAAAUCCAUUGGGUCCCGACUUCUAAUGACGGUGUAUAAAGGCAUAGCUCCCGGUCAAGACAGGAAGGCGCUUCCAUCUCUGGACAUAAAUACCAAGACUCUAGCAGACGGGCUGCUUCAACUCGCCUUCUCUCUCAGUCAACAGAGUGAGCAGCUGGUGGACUUACUGUUGAACACCAUCAUGCUUUCUGUACCGAUAUCUGGGAGUCACAGCUCUAACUUCUUGAGCUUCUCCCACGGCGAGUACUUCUACACCCUCUUCCAGACGACUAUCAAUGUAGAGCUGCUGAGAAAUCUGGACACCACAGUACCUCGCCUCAUGAAAGCUUCAUCUCAGAACCCCACCAUGGUGAGCGUGUUACUGAAUGGUAUGCUGGACCACAGCUUCAGAGAGCGCUCUGUGAGGAAGACUCAAGGCAAACAGCUGGUUGAAGAUGUGCUCAGAAGAUGGGAUCAUCUGGAGUCUUGGUGGGAAGGACACUCUGCUACUCCAGAGAGUAAAACCGCCAUUCUCCUGCUGCUCUCCAAGCUCCUACAGAUUGACUCCUCCGUCAGCUCCAGUAUGAGCCAUGAAGCCUUCAGACCAGUGUUUUCCACUUUCACUUUGCUGCUGGUUGACAUGAAUCUACCUCUGAACCUCAAGAGCCAGGCCCUGUUGGUGUUGCCGUUCUUCACCACCCUCCCGGAGGAGGCUCUGGCUGAGCUGCAGAAAGCCCUGGAUGCUCUGGUGGCCUCCCACUUCCCCAUGCAGUCGGACGAGUUCGCCAAAGGUUCCCUUCACCGCAACAACUACAUGGACUGUAUCCGAAAGUUGCUGGAUGCCUUGGAGCUUUCCCAGAGUCCCCUGCUGCUCAAGCUGCUGGCAGGGAUUCUGUGUCGAGAUAAAAAACACAUCAUGGAGGAGCAGUUUCAGAUCUGUUUCCAAAGGAUCGCUAAGCGGGCAAGUAAAGAGCGGCAGCUGCAGUUACUGUGUGCAGUCCAUGAGGUGGUCCAGAAGGGGGUUGUGCCCAUGACCUCCAUGCUGCAGGCCAUGAUGGACAGAGUCCUGCUGCCGUUGGCCUCUCACUGUAGCACCAAAGCCCUGGAUGAUUUCUUUGUGGCAAAUGUGUCAAACAUCAUUGCUUUGCUGCUUAGCCGCUUCACUAAGUCAAGUGACACAGCAUUUGAAGUUCAGUUGCUGAAGAAGACUGGCUGCUAUAAACUGAUGGAGCUCCUUUAUUCUCGGCUUCCAAAAGAAGAUGUUUAUUCCAAGGAAUCCCGCAUCAAUCAGGCCUACUGUCAGUUAGAAAAAACCGAAGGAAAUGAGUUGUCCAAGGCCUUGAUCAAGUCCUGUUUUGAGGCAUUCACUGAGAACAUGGCCGGAGAAACUCAGCUCCUUGAACUCCGGAGGCAGUAUCAUUGUGCCGCGUACAACUGUGCCAUUGCUGUCAUCAGCUGCAGCUUCAGUGAACCCAAAUUCUACUACGGCUUUCUCUUCAGCGAGAAACCAGAGAAGAAUCAGUUCAUUCUGGAAAAUAUCAUCGAUGUUGGAAGGACCUACAACUUUCCGAUUGAAAUUGAGGUUCCACUCGAGAGAAAGAAGAAAUACAUCAUGAUUCGGAAAGAAGCGAAUGAGGAGAAUGGAGAGGGGCCGUUUUACCUUUCCUCCCAGUCCUACAUGGCCGACAGCAGCCUGAGUGAAGAGAUGAGUCAGUUUGAUUUCUCAACCGGAGUCCAAAGCUUCUCAUUCAACUCCCAAAAUCCACAAGGACAAAGACGAGCCGUUGCAAAAAAAGAGACAGAGGAGACAAAUCCGUCCCAGGAUGCAUCUGUGGAUCUAGAGAUGGAUGAGCUGAAUCAACAUGAAUGCAUGGCAGCCAUGACUGCUCUUAUUGGACACAUGCAAAGGAACAACAUAACCCCUAAAGUUGAACAGGGAAACGUUCCAAACGAUCUUCCUCUGUGGAUGAAGUUUCUACAUGGAAAACUGUCGAACCCGGCCACUCCUCUGAAUAUCCGACUCUUCAUCUCAAAGCUGGUCAUCAACUCAGAGGAGGUUUUCCGGCCAUAUGCCAAACACUGGCUCGGUCCUCUCCUGCAGCUCGUCGUCUCUGGAAACAACGGAGGAGAUGGGAUCCAUUUCAUGGUGGUGGAUGUGGUGGUCACAGUGCUGUCCUGGACGAGCCUUGCCAGCCCCAAGGGUAACCCACGGGACGAGGUGCUUGCCAACCGGCUGCUAGAGUUUCUGAUGAAACAUAGUUUUCACUCAAAGAGGGCCGUUUUCCGCCACAACCUGGAGAUCAUUCGUACUCUGGUUGAAUGCUGGAAAGACUGUCUGCAUGUGCCUUAUAGUUUGAUAUAUGAACGAUUCUGUGGCACAGACUCGAAUAGUAAAGACAACUCUGUUGGACUUCAGCUGCUGGGAAUCAUCCUCGCCAACAAUCUACCCGCCUAUGACACCUCAUGUGGAAUAGAAUAUGAGAGGUACAUCCAGUCUCUCACCAACAACGUGUCGUUUGUAAGGUAUAAAGAGGUCUAUGCAGCUGCGGCUGAAAUCAUUGGCCUCGUCCUGAAGAAUAUGACUGAAAAGGAUGAUCAUCACCAUCAGAAGCUUCUCGAUCUUACUGUGACUAAGAUAAAAAAUCUGAAGGAUAAAAACCUGGAUGACAAGUUCAUUAUCUGCUUGAACAAAGUCUCUAAACACUUUCCUCCAUUCAUGGACCGGUUUGUCAUCUUUGUGUUCGACCUCUUGCCGAAGCUCCACGGCAUCUUAAAAACGAAUUGUUUGGAGUGUGUGUUGAGUCGAGCAGACGUCAUCCCUGACAUCUUCCUACAGCUGAAUACCAAAGGUUUCAUUCAGAUGAUGGGUCACAGGGAUGAAGUGAGGCAGAGAGUGUGUCUGGACAUCAUCUAUAAGAUAAUCAGCCUCCUGACUCCGGUACAGCUUCAGGAACUCAUGGGCGCUGUGACGGCGUUCGUUUCCCAUCCUUCACCGGUUUGCAGAGAGAGAAUGUACGACAUUCUCAUGUGGAUCCUCGACAACUACAGUGACCAAGAAACAAUGGAAGACAACGUAUCCGUAGAAGUUUUAAACACAGCUAAAGAAACGCUGCUUCAGGGAUUGUCUGAAGAAAACCAAGGUCUUCAGCUUUAUGUGCAUAAUUUCUGGAGCCAGGAGAAGCGCCUUCCCACUGCCACCUUUGAGCGAAUGCUGAUGGUGCUACGUUCUUUGUACACCCGUCAAAUAGAAAGGUGUUUCUUGAGUUUGGCGACCAACCUGCUGCUGGAAAUGACGAGCCAGAGUCCUGACUUUAAACGGAACAUGUUCGAGUAUCCACUGUCAGAAUGCACCUUCCAGGACUAUGUGAUUGAUUCCAACUGGCGCUUCAGGAGCACAGUAAUGACCCCCAUGUUUGUUGAGACCCAAAGCUCACAAAGCCCUGAAAGCGUGGUCGCAUCCCAGUCUGGAUCCAUGAAGGGAAGACUCAGAGCUACCCAGACUUCCUUAGAGUUUAGCCAAACCCAGACCACCGGUCGACGUUCAGCCUAUAACUGGCUGACCGGCAGCAGCGUGGACACUCUUGCAGAAUACACACUCGGCUCUGAAUCCAUGUCUUCGUUGUUGGCGUUUGAUAAAAAAGAGAGACAAGCUCCAGCCAGACGACCAGUAGGAGAAGGUUUUGGCCUAAGGCGUCUCACUGCAUCUACAGAUGAGGUGGACAGUCGCACUAGAGCACAAAAUGAACAACGUAAUAACAUCCUGAGAUUAAGGCGUAGGUUUCUCAAGGACCAGGAGAAAGUCAGCUUGAGAUAUGCACAAAAAGAGAUACAGCAGCAAAAGCAGAAGAGGGAAGAAAAAGCUGAUCGAAGGCUGCGAAAGGAGGCCCAGGUGACUCUGUAUCGUAAUUACAGAGUGGGAGAUUUUCCAGAUGUCCAGAUCCCGUACAGCAGCCUCAUCGCCCCGCUACAAGCCCUCGCCCAGAAAGAUCCGAUUUUAGCCAAACAACUGUUCAGCUCCCUGUUUGCUGGUAUCCUCCAAGAAGUGGAAAAGCACAAAUCAGCCGAGGAGAGGCAGAAGAUUAAAGAGGAGCUGAGAUGCAACAUGAACACAUUCCUCAACAAGAGUACAAUCUGCUACCCUCCGUUCAUAGCAUGUGUGCAGGACAUGUGCUACCAGCAUAAGGAUAUGCUGCAGCUCAACCCUGCAGACGUCAGCUCCACCUGCCUGGUGAGUCUGCAGCAGCCAUCGGGCAUCCUGCUGCUGGAGGACGGCCUGCUGCAUGUUGGACCGCAAAGCGAACCGCCUGCCAAACGGUCACGAGGGCGCAAAGAGAUCCCCCCCGACACCAAUAAAUGGAUCCACCUCGCAAGGCUUUACAGAUCAUUAGAGGACUAUGAUGUUGUACGUGGAAUCUUUGGGGGUAAAGUUGGAACCAAAUCCAUCACUUGUGCUGCUCUUCAAGCUGAAGCCUACACUGACUAUGCAGAAGCCGUGAAACUUUACAAUGAGGCUCUGAACACCGAUGACUGGACUGACGGAAAACCCACUGACUCUGAGAAGGACUUCUGGGAAAUCGCAGCGAUGGAGGCCUACAGCCACCUGACGGAGUGGAAGUCUCUGCAGUACUGCUCCACUGUGUACAUCGAUGAAAAGACUCCACCCGACCUUGACAAGAUCUGGUCGGAGCCUUUGCACCAGGAAAUGUAUUUGCGGCACAUGAUUCGCAGCAUGCUGAAGCAGCUGCAGCUCGGCGAGAGGGACCAAACCCUCCUCAGCUUCAUUGACAAAGCCAUGAGGGUCGAAGACCGCAAGAAGCUUCUGGAAAGUCACUACAGCCAAGAACUCAGCUUACUUUACAUCCUGCAGGAGGACUACGACCGGGCCAAAUACUACACCAACUACGCCAUGCAGCUCUUCCUGCAGAGUUACUCCAGUGUGGAUACGCUGUUGACCCAGAGUCGACUGACCAUACUGCAGUCGGUGCAGGCCUUGACUGAGAUCCAGGACUUCCUGCUGUUCAUUAAAGGAGACGUGUCUGUGAACUCCCUCAAACGGCUCACCAGAUUAUGGACUCAGCGGUAUCCAGAUCCAAAAGUGGAUCCAGUGAAUGUGUGGGAUGAUAUCAUUACAUCACGGUGUUUCUUCUUGGAUAAGAUCAGAGAAAAGCUGGGUAGCCACGCUUCCAGCGACAGCAUGGAGGUGGACGGUUCAGAUGACACAGCGGCCGACAUCAACACAGUUGUCAGUAACUGCAAGUUUCGAAUGAAACUGCACAUGGCCGACAGCGCAUGGAAUCAGAAUAACUUUCCUGUGGCGACCAAGCUGUUGAAGGAACUCCACAGAGAAGCCAGGACAAACAGAAGCUGGUUGCUGCCAUGGGUUCACAGUUUCAGCCGCUACAGCCAUAAACGCAGCCACACUCAACGUCCUGUGGAGCAAAUUAAUUCCAUGCUGAAGACCAUCCCCCUUCUGGAGGACCUUCAGCCUGAAUUGCAGAGUGCAUCGGCUAAAGUAUUCAGAGACCAGAAGAUCCUCCAGGGGGCAUCCUUCCACAUCCUGGCCACAGCUGUGAGCAGCAGCCCUUCGGUCCUGGGGAGUAUUGAAGCUGAGAAAGCAGAGAGAGUUGUGAGGCUUUCUGGAACAGCUUGGCCCACUGAAAAUCCAAAGAACGUGGAAGUGGGGCUGCAGUUACAAGCUCUUAAGUUGUUGCGUGAAGCUUCAAGAAAAGCAGAUGAGGAGCUUCAGUCUUACACUCAGGAAUGUGUGGAGACCAGUAGCAUCACUGAGACGUACAUGGCUUUGGCAAAUUUCUGUGAUAAACGACUACGGGAGGAAGAACAGACUGACGAAGAAAGCCAGUUUCCAGGUUUUCUAGCGCUUCCUGUUCACAUAGUUGAAUGCAUGUUAAAAGCCCUGAAGAUGAAUUCAGAGGAAGCUCGGCUCAAGUUCCCACGACUGCUCCAGAUCAUUGAGCUGUACCCAUCGGAGACCCUGGACCUCAUGACUAAAGAGAUGGCGUCAAUUCCUUGCUGGAUGCUGAUUGGCUGGAUCAGUCAAAUGGUGGCCCUACUGGACAAACCGGAAGCCGUGGCGUUGCAGCACUGCAUCAAACAGAUCGCCAAGUCCUACCCACAAGCCCUGGUUUAUGCUCUGAUGAUCAGCAGCGAGAGUUACCAGUUUGAGAACUCUGCAGCGGGACACCAGCAGCAAGAGUUUGUCAACAGGCUGAGGAGCAUGUUGGAUAAAGGAGGAGCGGUGAAGAACUUUGUGGAUGCUCUGCAGCAGCUAACGAAUCCAGACAUGAUAUUCAGGGAUUGGUGGGAUAGUGUGAAAAAUGAGCUGGAGAAAGCCAGCUUUCACAAAAAGCAGAUGGACCAGAUGUAUGAAGAGAUGUAUUCUUCACUUGGGGAUCAGAAUACCCGCAGCCAUGGAGCAUUUCGCAAGAAGUUUAUUCAAAAAUUUGCUAAAGAAGUGGAGAAACUGCUGGGUACAAAUGGCAGCAAGCUGUUUGAGAAGAGGAAAGAUAGAAGUUUUGUGCGGAAGGUGGAUGACCUGGCAGCGUCCAUGCGGGGGUUUCAGAAGGAGCCUGGGAACUUGAAGGAGUACUCGCCCUGGCUCAGCGGCUUUAAAGCAGGACCAUUCAGCAACGAACUGGAGAUCCCAGGACAGUACGAUGGCAGAUCUAAACCUUUACCAGAAUACCACGCCAAAAUUACAGGCUUUGAUGAAAGGGUCAAAGUGAUGUCGUCCAUCCGCCGUCCUAAACGCCUCAUCAUCCGCGGGGAUGACGAGCGGGACCACCCGUUCCUGGUGAAGGGUGGGGAGGACCUCCGCCAGGACCAGCGCAUUGAGCAGCUGUUUACUGUCAUGAACAUUUUGCUGAGCCACGACACGGCGUGUACGCACAGAGGUCUGCAGCUCCGCACGUACCAAGUCAUUCCCAUCACCACACGAAUUGGACUCAUCGAAUGGAUGGAAAACACCUGCACUCUGAAAGAGUUCCUGGCAAGCACCAUGACUGAUGAGGAGCAGCAAAGGGCAGGGAGGUCUGUUGAAACUUACAAUAAAUGGCUCUCAACCUUUGCUCCGAAUUCAAAUGUGAGCGGAAUCGCUUUAUAUAACUACGCUUACAGGAAAGCCAAACGUGCUGAUGCAGUCAACAACUUCCAGACUGUCAUGCAUUUUGUGCCCAGUGAUCUCCUAAAGAGAGCUUUUCUGAAGAUGUGCAACAGUCCGGAGGCUUACCUUUCUCUGCGAUCCCACUUCAUCAGCUCUCAUGCUCUGCUGAGUGUGAGCCACUGGGUUUUAGGGAUCGGAGACCGACAUCUGUCCAACUUCAUGAUCAACAUGGAAACAGGAGGCAUGAUCGGCAUCGACUUUGGACACGCCUUUGGUUCAGCCACACAGUUCCUCCCCGUACCCGAGCUCAUGCCUUUCCGACUCACAAGCCAAUUUGUGAAUCUAAUGCAACCGCUGAAGGAGUCGGGUCUGAUCCAGAGCGUCAUGGUUCACUCCCUCAGAGCUUACCGAGCUGAACCGGACCUUCUGCUGAACACCAUGGACGUGUUUGUCAAGGAACCUUCACUGGACUGGAAGAACUUUGAGCUGAAGCAGCUGAAGAAGGGAGGCACCUGGACGGAGGAGGUAGAUACCAAAGAAAUCAACUGGUAUCCUUUACAGAAAGUGAACUUUGCCAGGAGGAAACUGGAAGGAGCAAAUCCAGCUGUUAUAACCAGUGAGGAGCUGAAGCUGGGCUUUGAGAAGGACGCUGCCUUCGCGGGGAUGCAGUCCGUCGCCCUGGGGACGAAGGAGCACAACGUCAGGGCGAAGCUCCCACCUGCCGGUCUGACGGUGGAGAAGCAGGUGGACUGUCUGCUGGACCAGGCCAUGGACCCCAAUGUUCUCGGCAGAGUGUGGGCGGGCUGGGAACCGUGGUACUGACGGGUUGGUUUAUGAAAGAUCGUAGAACAGGGGUGUUAAAGUCAUUUUAGUUCAGACGCUACAUUCAACCCAAUAUGACCCUAAGCUGGCCGGACCAGUACGAUAAUAACAGCAGAAAAAAGUAAAAUCACAUUAUAAUAAUGUUUACAUCUCAUUAAAAAUGUGAAUAACAUGAACAACCUGAAAUGUCUUAAGAAAUAAAAGUGCAUUUUUAACAGUGUUAUGCUUCUUUUUAUCACUUACAUGUUUGUUACGAUUUACAGAUUACAGGAUCUACACACUUCAAUAAUCUAAAUCUUACCAAGAUUUUUUUUCUCAUUUCUAGUCAAAAUAUCUCAUCACACUUAAAUAAGGCAUAAUCACCUAAAGAGUAACUUUUCGGUGAGAUAUAAGAA